AUGAUACUGAAAGCAUCUGACAACCAAGAAGUAAUUGCUGCUCUUCCAGUUCCUUGCUUGACGCAAGCAGAGUCUGAAGAAAUGGUUACUUCUAUUGCAGCAGUAGAAGUAGAGGUGGAAGCAGCAGUUGUACCUACACACAUAACAAAUGCUGUAGCAGCAGUACCUACCACGCUUCAUCUACAGGAUUCAACAGCAGCAGAAGAUGAAGCAACAUCCAAAUCUCCACUGUCACCAGUUGCCACAACAAUGCCUACAGAAGCAGCAGCAGUACCUACCACACUUCACCUGCAAGAUUCAACAGCAGCAGAAGAAGAAGCAACCACCUUAUCUCCUCAGUCACCAGAUGCCACAACAGUGCCUCCAGACACCAUAACAGCAGUUCCAUCAAUUCCUCUAGUAGCAGCUUCAUCUACAAUAUCAUCACAAGGAGGGAAGAGUCCAGUUACUUGGUCACCCUGA